AUGAGUCAUGCGCACGACGGCCAUAGGUCCAUCUUUCCCGUGGGGAAUCCCUUCAGGAUGAUUUUCCCAAGAGGAGCCCACCUGUCGCCGAAGCUCACCAAGCUCCUCGCUUCGUACGAGGAUGGCCUGGCCUCGAGCUUGAGGAAGCUCAAACCAGAGGACACCUCAGAGGUGCUCACACUAUCAUGGAUGAAGCUCGCAGUGGACUGCUUAUCGGAGCUGCACACCAAUAUAGCCACCCUGAUUACUGAGCUUGAGCUGCCCUUAUCUGACUGGGACGAGAAGUGGGUGGACAUUUACCUGAACAGCAGUGUGAAGCUGCUGGACAUCUGCAUUGCGCUGAGCUCAGAGCUCUCUCGGUUGGAUCAAGGGCAGCUGCUUGUGCGAUAUCUCCUGAAUGUGUUGGACUCUGGGAGCGACGUGCCAUCCCAGGAGCAGCUCAAGAAAGCUGAGGUAUCGCUUAAGGAAUGGAUUGAGCGAGGAAGUGAAAGGUCUCUGAGGCUUGAUAGUUGCUUGGCAGCGCUACAGGAGCUUUCUGGGAACCUUUGCCUGAUGAAGGUUAAGCAUUCUGCUAAGGGGAAAGUGCUCAUGCGGGCAUUGUAUGGAAUCGAGGCCGUUACAGUCUUAAUCUGCAGUGUCCUUAUAGCCGUACUGUCGGGUAGCUUCAAGCCACUGGUGGAGUUUGAUGUCCCUGAGAAAUUUGAAUGGUCUACGGCCUUCAUUGAUCUUCAUAAGGCCAUAAGUGGGGAACUUAGCAGUCAGCUAUGCAGAGUUCCAGCUGUAAAAGAGCUGGCGGAUGUUGAGGUAUGUGCUAGACAGCUGCAUACAUUGACUUGUGCUGCUCAGCUUGAAGAGGAGAAUGCCAGCCUGGUUCAUGCUUUUAGCCAUUCAAAGGAAGUGGUCCUGCCAGAUGCUACAGCCCAGGAAGGAGGCGAUGUGGAUAAUCUUAAGAUGGCUGAGGACACUAGCUGUCAGCAUGAAGUGAUCACGCUGCAAAGUAUUACUACAGAAGGAGGAAUGGAUACAGCUGACAUCAAGGAGGAUGCCAAGACUUUCGGUCAUACAAAAGAAGUGAUGGUGCAUGAGAAAACAAGUGACAGAGGACACCAAGAUGAUAACACAAAGCAGGCCACUGGUGUUGGCACUGAGAUUAAUUGCUUGGAAAGGAGAGAGGAGCUGCUGAACUGCAUCUCCAGCAUGUCGAAAAGCGCUGAAAGGCUCUGGUUGGGGUUGGACUCGCUGUCAAAGCGGGUGGGUGACUUCUUCCAGAUCGUGCUUACAGGGCGUGAUGCACUACUUUGCAAUCUCAGGAUUUCAGACGGGGGCAAGGUUGCUGCAGAGGUCAGGUCUUAA